CACGAUUACACCCAGAGUUCUAAGAACGUGAGCACAUCCGCCCCGAACUCUGUGUUGGUGCCCCAGAACAGUCACGCUAAAAUCUCUAAAGUGAGUUUAGCACUAAAAGCAAUUAACUGUUGGACCAGUCACUAUUCCUUUCUUGUACUUCUACUGCUCAGCGAAUUGAUUUCUAAAGAGAAUAUGGUUUGUAGAAAAGUGAAAGUUGACGAGACUUUAAAAAAGGUCAAUCUAGCGAUGAACCGAGACUCUGCGCAGGGAUCAGGUUUGUCAAUGACCAGAGUCGGAGCUGACAGUGAAAAUAUGAAAAAAAAGGGUCGACUGCGACGGCAAAAAGCAACGAAGAGCUAUUUACAGUUUUUGAAAGGGAAAGCGAACAAGCCUAUUGCAAUUAUGACAAGACCUAUUUGCCCUUCGGAUUUAAGUGCCCCUUUGGAGGGGUUCAGAAGCGACGGAGAACGCCGAUUGACGAUUCCUUCCCAGCAGUUGCCUGAUGGAAUGGAUAUCGUGGUGGAAGAUGAUCUGAUAAAAACGUCGCCGAGUGUUCACAGUAGACUGCUGGCUAUCGUCUCAACUACUUUACGGGAUCAGGCUAGUUCAACAAUGUCAGAUGGACUCGUAGAUCAGUUGAUUGAAGGUUUAGAAGACUUGGGAUGCCGGUUUUUGCUUCCAACAAAGAUAGCGGAAGCACAAUUUCCGAGCAACAAUGACUUGCUUUCAGAGGAAAAAUUGUAUCGUGAAUUGGGAUCAGGUAGCGCGGACACGAAGAGGCUUUUUCUUCGAAAGUAUGUCACUAUUGUAGCUUCGAGGUAUAGCGCCAAGGUUACAAAACGGAAACGAGACGUCAACUCUUCUCACAAUCGGCCAACUCGUGCGAUGGCUCCUGGCAAGAAGUCAAAGAUACUUCCCGUUCCUACGGCAAAGGUAGACAAUAGCGAGCUGGGUCAACAUACCACCAAUUUAGAGCUAUCAUCGCAAACAGCCGAACUUCAAAAAAAGUGUACCAAAGCUUCGGAAUUUCUAUCUCCACAAGUGAGCAAGAAUGUGUCCCUGGCUACCACCCCCCAAUCAGGUCCCAUAAAAACGCUCCAUGACCACGAUGUAGUCUUGGGACGAGGGAAUGGCACCGCGGCGUUGGCUGGAAACAUAAGAUUCCGUAGCUUUGUUUGGGAAUCAAAGGAAGCUUAUAACCAGGCCUCAAGGUAUGAAAAAUCACCAGUCGCUUACCUUGUUAUGAAUCGUGUAAAAGCAUUGGACCCUCCUGGGCAAUUUUUAGAAAUGUGUUGUGAUGGUACUUUCAUCGUCGCGCCCUUUGAAAAAGCCUUUGAAAAGACAUGCCAAGCUCUCAGAGAGAAAAAAUGGCUUUCUGCUCCUUCACGAACUUACAAGCCGAAAGGAAACGGAGGAGGUGUACCCCAACCAUCAAAAUCCUCGGAAAAAGAUGUGCACGAUGAGCGUGGAAGGAAAGUUGGUGUGGGAUCCCGUGUAUCUGUCUUUUGGCCGUUGGACAAUACGCACUACGCGGCAAGAGUCUGUGAAAGGGGGGAGCAAGGAUGGCAAUUGCUUUAUGAAGAAGAUGGAGAAAAGGAAUGGUUGGACCUAAAAAACCACAGCUUUGUGGUUCUUAGUUAAAGAUUUGAGAUGACAGCUCACAC